AUGAUGAGCAAAGAGACAUCGCAUGAUUCUCUCUAUCCAUUUCAACAUGGUUCACGUAUUAGAGAAAGUGUACGCAGUUUGCCUAAAGGACAUUUUGAACAAAUACGACAAAUGUUUGAUCAAAAACGAAUAAAACAUCAAGUGACACAGCAAGUAAAAUCUACAAGAAAUCUCGAUACUAAUGUACAACCCGAUCAACAAUCAUCUUCUCAUUGUUCACUGCAGAAUUCUUCUUCAUCUACUACUACUAAACUAAAAAAGAAUUCUUUAUCAUCGCUCCCGUCUGUUCCGGAAGACACAAUUUCUAUUAAUCCUCCUAUAAUAUGUCAACAGAACAAUGUACUAAAUCUACCAGUAACUGAUGAUGAAAAAUUAAAACAGACUAUUUCUACUUCAUCAACGUUAUCUAAAACAACAAAUAUCGAUGAUUUAGAAAUAUCUGAAAAUGAUAAACGAACAAUUGAAGAAAGAUACCGUGAUUAUUUAUUAGAAUAUCAAAAACUUCGAAUUAAACUCGCUCAUGAACUAUUACAGCAUACACAAAAAUUUCCUCCUAAAAAAACGGCAAUAUCAUCUUCGCCACCAAGAUUAAAACAAUCAACAUCUCUACUAAAAAAUUGUUCAAUGCAAUUAUCAAACGACGAAAAUAAAUAUAAUGAGAAAAGAAUAAAACGUGAUAACAAUAAUGAACAACAACAGUAUUCAGUAAGAAAAGAACACAAAAGAAAAAUGAAAUCUGACUAUUUGAUCCGGGAACCAACUUUAUUACUAUCUUCAUCUACGAGUGAAAAACUUGAUAAUGAUCAUACAGCAUUAACAACUAGUGAAUCGCUACCCGUAUCCUCCACGAUUGAAGAAUUAGUCAAAGAGCAUCAAACUCCUAUUAUUUAUUCAUCAAUCGAAGGUGGAAAUUUUAAUAAACAUUCUAUGCGAGAUUCAUCCUUUCUUAAAAAACAAAGAAGUGGAUAUCUUUCGUUUUGUCAAGACAGUAGUCGUUUAGCAGAAGAUCACGAUAUUAGACGUAUGGCAUCUACUCGACAAUUUGUCUCAACUAUAUCGAGACCAAAAUCAAUUCUAAAGGGUGGUAAUACUUCUUCUCACCUCAAUUUUUCAUCAUCACAUAAAUAUGAACCAUCGAGGGUAAUGUUACAUGUUAAACCUGGUGUAGUUAAUAGACGAUCCAUAUCACCACCAACACAGUUAACAUCGGCCAUAAAUAAUAGCGUUUAUGAUAUUGUUCAGUCCAACGAAGAUUAUUCGGAUGGAGCGAUAAAAAAUAAUUCAUCGCCAAGAUUAUUUAAUAAUAAUUCGAGAUUAUAUUCAUCGACAUCGUUAUCGACUGAGUCAAAUAGUUAUGAUUCAAAUUCUUCACCAGCUCCAUCGAUUCAAUCAAAAUAUUCAAAUGAUUUCUAUAACGGAAUUGGUGCUUCAGCUUCAUCGAGUUCGAGUGAUGGAAGAACAAAAGCAAAUAAAUGGUUAUUAUCGGAACAAAAACGAGAUUUAUUAAAUCCUUCAAAAGUCGAAUCAAAACAUUCUAUCUUUGCUGUUAAUCAAUGCUAUGACACUCUUCAAAUGAAAGAUACAAACGAUGAUGUAUUUUGUGAUUCACCAUUAAGUCAAACAAUAAUCGAAGCCUCAAAUUCGAAUUUACCACAAAAAUCACAAACUUUGACAACAACUACACAGUCGGGUCGACAGGAUAUAUCUUCCAUCUCAUCAUCAUCUUCAAUCAUUAGCGGAACAGGAACAACGAUUCGCAGUCGCGAUAAUAACUCAAUGGUAGGAAAUUUAACAGCAACAUCCAUGAAAAGUGUACGAAGUAACUCAUCAUCACAAGCAGAAGAAUAUAGACCAAUGAUGGGACAUAUAACACCCCAAAAUCCAUCAUCAGAAAUUUCUGCCACAUCUUACGUCGUCCAAACAACAAUAUUUCCUGCUUCUCGUUCUCCUGUUUUAGAAGUAAUCCCUACUGGUGUGGGUUUAACAAGUAGAGUUGUUAAUCAACAACAACAACAACAACAAUCAAAAAAGAUCAAACGUUGGAAUAAUGUUCAUGCGGAGCGUGUUCAGAUACAUCCUCCGUUCGCUGCUGGUACACUCGAUAGAAAUUCAACAAGGAAGAAACAACUUUCAUCAACAAGUUCAACGGGUUUCACUUAUGAUUUGACAACGCCAACUUGUGCGCUUAGUACCAGCGUAAAUGACUUGAAUACACCGGUGGUGAAACCAGUUAUCAUCCGAAACAGCACAAGCACAUCAAAAAAAGUUGAGGCUUAUGCUCAAUAUCCAUUACCAGUUGUGUCAAAUCCUGUUUAUCAACCCCUAUCACUGCCUCCACAAGCACCUAAAAAACCGCCCAGAACAUUUGAACAAAAUCAUCAUAAGAAACUUACAGAAACCGUUGAAAAAAAAACAAAAUUUACCUCAUCCGUAUCCUCGAGUUCGUCUGCUUCAUCCACGGCAACUGACUCUCCAACAUUCGAUUUAGGUGCUCGUUCAAUCAGUUGUAUGGAUUUAACAGCUGGUGUCUCGAAAACAUUCGCUUCCACCGGUCUUUUACCAUUGACAAAUAGCACAAAACCGGAAAACAUUUACGAAGAAUUAAAAACCCCGUUAUCAGCAACAGCAUCGAGAAAGAAAGGUUUCUUCAGUCAAAAAGAUGAUGACGUAGUGCUUCGCUCAAAUAAUGAACAACCUCAUAAAGCAACUACAAAAACGACAACAACUGGCACCAUGAAAAAAGGCAUUAGUGAACCGAAUUUAGCUACAUCAAAACAGAAUAAAGGAACGCUAUUUUCACCUCGUAAUUUAUUUGAUCGUUUUAAACGAAUGGUAUCUCUAUCAAAAACGUCGUUAAAUACGUCAGACAUAACACAAAUCGGACAAGAUGGAGAUAGUGAUGAUUCUAUUUCAACUACCGAUAAUUUUGAUGAAAUUCUUUCGUCACAUUUAGAUCAUGUUAGUCGAAUUAAAAACGUUUAUGAUUCAUUAGGUGAAGGACACACAAGCAGUCUCUAUAUUGGAGGAGGUGAACAUGUAAAAGAACAGAUUACCACACUCUACGAUUAUGUUAUUUUAAUAAUACCAGAAUUUGGGUGUUUUCAAAAUGAAAAUGAAGUGACAUCAACAACUAACAGUUUUUCUCAUCAGUCAUCGUCCAGCGUUAAAUUCAAAUAUCCACCAGACGCAAAAGAUGAACCAGCAUUAAUUCACUUUUGUUUUCCUGAAUGGGACUCAACAUCUUCGUCCUAUACACCACCUUUAUCUAGACGUCUCGAUCAAAACAACAAUAACUUUACUAGUAGUCCACUAUUAACAAAAAACAAAUUUUCUCCCGAAUAUUUUCGUUUUACUCUCACGGAUAUGUUUGGACAACGUCAACACGGAUAUUGUUCACGAUUUUUACAUAAAGGCAUCGUGAAUGCAUUGUGUAUCAUGUCUCCUUUUGAUAUGCUCGAUUUUUAUUUUCAUAUAUUAUCGCAUGUAACCGAUUAUUUUUUAUCAUAUAAGGAUGAAGAUGCACGAAAAUUUCUUAAAGAAAUUUAUCCACAUAAAAUUCCAGCACGCGGUGAUUCUAUUAGUAUUCAAACACAAACAUCAGGAUUAUUUACACUUAAAUGUGAAUAUGAUCGACGAAAAGAACUGAUCGAUUCAGAAAAUUUAUUAAAUUUAUCAACUGACAUUCGCAUCUAUAGUUUUGUCUCUUCUAUUCCAGAUACGAUUAUCAAAAUAUUUUCAUCAAUAUUAUACGAACAAAAAUUAAUUUUUGUCAGUAGUGAAUUGAGUAUACUAACAAAACUAAUUAAUACCUUCAUCUGUCUGUUAUAUCCAUUUUCCUGGCCACAUACAUACGUGCCCGUAUUACCUCGUUUAAUGUUAGACAUUUGUCAAGCACCAACGCCCUACAUUGUUGGUAUUCUGCGUUCAUGUGAAUAUUAUUUAAACUUAAGUCACGAAUUAUAUAAUCAAGAUAUUUUAAUUAUCGAUCUUGACAACGAUAAAGUUAGAACUGUUCAAGAGUAUACUAUAAAUACAAACAAUGGUGCAAUAAUGUCACAAACAGAUGUUGAUCAACUGCUCAAAUCGACACGUUCGUCAACGGAAAAUUUAUCACGUUUUCAACAGCAAAUUUUACCAAAAAUAUUUAAAAUUGAUUUAAAAAGUGAAUUACAACAAUUAAGAAAAUUAAAACAGACAAUAUCAUUAGAUGAAUGUCAGAUGCGUAUACGUCAAUGUUUUAUGUCCAUAUUUGUACGAUCAUGUUACAAUUAUAAGGAUUAUUUGACGACAACCUCAUCUUCGAAAUAUUUGACAAAUACAUUUAAUUCUCAACGUUCAGCUAUAUUCGAUUUCGACAGAUUUAUACAAUCGAAAAAACAACAGCAGUCAAUUCAAUUAUUUUUAGAAUGGUUUACUCGUACACAACUAUUUGAAGUAUUUAUUCGUGAAAAAUUAAAUUUUGUUCAAGAUAAUAAACCAUUUGCUGUUACGUUCGAUGAAUCAUGUUUCGAAUAUUCUCGAUUUUUACAAAAACAACAACAACAAACCAAACAAAAGCCAAAAGUAACAGUUAAAGCGGUGAAACGAAAAGCAAAUCAAAAAUCAAAUAAUAAUAACAAUAUUACAGCGAAAAAAUAA